UCAUAAUGAGCAAAGCGAUUUGAAAAAGAGAAAGAAUCUUCAUCCCUCUCAUCAAGUAGUAUUAUUUUUUAUGAAAUUUUCAACCAAUAAAUUAUUGAUUAAACGUGAAUGAUGAGUGAUUGUUCGGAUGAUGAUGAUAUCGUCAAUCCGCCUACUUUCUCAAAUACUCGGAAACAAGCAACGCCAUCAACAUCGUCCAAACGGAAAGCAACCACUCCCACCAGUAGCAAAGCAAAAACGCCCAAAAAGAAGAAGGAUGGCGAUGCUGCCGGGAAGGAUGACGAUGAAGCUCAGGAGGAGGAAUUGACAAGUUUUAGAUUUCUUAAAGUGGACUCGAAUGAUGAUGAUGAGGAGGAGGAACCGGAAACGAAGCGAGAGUGGAAAAUGGUUCAAAUGGAAGGAAGUACGAGAUACUCAAGAGGUCCACCUACCUGCCCCCUAUACAGAGGUUAUGUCGAUAGGAAAAUUAAUGAACGAAAGGAUAAGGAUGGAACUAUUUGGUGGAAAAUUGGCGAAACCUUGGGCACAACUAAGAAGAUGUCGGAUAAAUCUGAAGACAUAGGGGACAAUAAACUGCGAGAACUUUUCUGCAGAUUGGCAAGAGAAGUCGACGAAGAAGAGGAAAUGGGAUCGCAACAAUCGACCGCAUCUGAUCUCACUACUCUCACCCCGGAAAUAAUAACGGGGAAAUAUCCCCCUCUCAAUGCUGCAGAACGACUCGUUGCAGAGACAAAGAUAAGACAAGCUGGGGCAGAUGGAAUUAUGGUACCGGGCACAGCUUCUAGGGUUACAUACUUGUACAAAUUGUAUAACUCCAGACGAUUACUCUGCCCAAUCUCAUCCUCUUUGUAUUAAUAGGCAGACCAAUUCAAAAUUUGUAGAUAAGAAGUCUUGGGAUAUAAUUCAUAUGUACCUGAUGAAGAAGUUUUCAGUUGAUGUGUAUUUAGGUCCCAAGACGGCGGAGUAGAAUUUACGUUUUUUUUAUAUUUGUUUUUUUAAUCCCUAGAAACAUCCUUACCUUCUUUUUUGUAUAUAUAUAUUUUCUUUUGUGUUUAUAAUAAUUACUCCUUACCUGCA